AUGUCGGCGACGACGCGGCCGUGGGUCGCCGCCGCGCGAGGGCCCGCGUGUUCCAGGCACGUCGCCGGCGAUGCCCCCCGUGCGUCCACGUCCGGCGCGUCGCGGCCCCCGAGGAGCGCCGCUCGCGUCGUCCGCGGCGAAGCCCCUGGCGCGGCGCCGAGAGGGCACCGCCGCGGACGCCGCGAGCCGGUCCGCCACCCGCGCGCGUCAUCCGGGGGCGGCGGGCGCACGGACCGGGAGCUCCUCGACGAUGAGUUCAAGUCGUUGAGAGCCGCGAGGGGCGUGGUCACCGCGCUCGGCGUCGACUACGGCACGAGACGCGCGGGCAUCGCGGUGAGCGUCGGCGGAGCGUCGCCGAGGCCCGUCGCCGUCGUGCCGGCGACGCCCCCGGGCGAACUGAUCGACGCCGUCGUGCGAGCCGCGGUGCGCGAACGCGCCGACGUCAUCGUCGUCGGCCUUCCCAAACCCCCGAGGGACUUCGAGGCGGAGCGCGCGGAGGAGAGACGGCGAACGCUGUACUCGGCCCUCGUCGAUGUCGGCGACCUCGCGAACGAGUGUUUCGACGCGUCGGACGUCGCGGAGAGCCUCGGCGCGGACGAGAUGAAGCAUCGGUUAGCCGCGUACUCCAUGAAGAUCGGCGGGAGGGUGGAGGAGAGGGCGGCUCGGCUGUGGGCGCUGGUGGAGGCGGGGGGAGACCUGGACCUCGUCCCGGCGGGCGCGUUCGUGGGGGGCGAGGCGGGCAAGAGAAACGCGUGCGCGAGGGCGAGGAAAGAGAGGGUUCAACGUCGCGACGGGUUCGACGAACGCACGGGAAGACGACAACGGGCGGGGGGUUCGAGCUUUGGCGGGUUCAACGUCGCGGUUGGUUCACCACCGAACAGGCGUACAGAAGACGACGGGUCAACGAACAGGCGGGGACGCGCGCCGGUCAAGAUGCACGUCCUCGCGCGUCGAUUCGCCGAGAACCUCGCGGAUGCGGUUCGCGACGCGGGUCUCGGAGCCAAAGGGACGCGGGUGGUGAUGGUGGACGAGUCGGCGACGUCGGCGGAGGCGGACCUCAUCGCGUCAACCGCGCGAGGGGGGCGAGGGCUCAAGGAUAGGCCUCGAGGCGCCCAUCUGGACGAUAUAGCCGCGGGGGUGCUGCUCGAUAGAUACUUCGCGGGGAGCCACGGCGACGCGGAGGAGAUACCGCCGGCAAACUCCUCGGCUUAUUAUUAA